ACGUGAUCCACCCUUCGAAUCGUGCAAACGCUGUCAGUUACUCGCGCGGUCGGAGUUUUGCGCACGCGUGAGCUUUGUUAACUGAUCUCGAUCGUCUGAUCACACUCUCGAGAUUGUUGUUUACAAACUCGGUAUAUGAGUGUGGAACCAAUCAAUUUUAUUUAGCAUGUUGAAAAUCAACAGUGCAUUUGAAAUCAUUACGUAAGGCCUCGUGUGAAGUUAAAAAAGUGUAUUAAGUUAAACAAAAAAAGGAAAGUAUUAAAAUUUCAGUGUAGAAGUACUACGACAGAUUCAAUCAAAAAUUAACGGCCAAAAUAAGAAGUACCAAGAAUCGAAAUGCGCAGUGUGAGGAGCAGUCUGACGAUUGGACGUUUGGCGAUCUACCCGAGAAACUCCAACAUUCGGACAGGUCUUCUUUGUCUGGUUGCCUCACAUCACAGCAAUCUUCAACAUCAGGCCUCGUACUCAGAUCAUAGUCAAUGUUGCGGCCAACGAGCAGUUAAGAGUACGAUCCAGAGUUCACAACAGCUUCGUCGAUUUCACGUGUCAGCUGUCUGUAACAAAUCGACAAAGGAUACUCCACCAGGCUCUGGGGGCUCUGGAAGCGGUUCAUCGGCCUCUGGUUCCGGCAGUGGGAAAGAUGGCAGUGGAAAGGAACCUCCCAAUAAGAAAAAUGUUUUAUCCUGCCCGAAGUGUGGUGACCCGUGCACUCACGUAGAGACUUUUGUCAGUUCCACCAGAUUUGUGAAGUGUGAAAAAUGCCAUCACUUUUUCGUGGUUUUAAGCGAGGUAGAUUCCAAGAAAACUCUUAAAGAUGCUGACACUAAGAAUCAACGCAAACCUCCACCGCCGCCCAAAAAAAUUAAAGAGUAUUUGGAUAGGCACGUAGUUGGUCAGGAGAUAGCUAAAAAAGUGCUAUCGGUAGCAGUGUAUAAUCACUAUAAACGAAUUUAUCACAAUCUGCCUGCGCCAGCCAGCUCCAGCGGACAAGCCGGUGCUCAGCAAAUCGAUUCGAUGGCACGCAGUGGCGAUUUGCUACACAUUUCUGGUAUCGGCCAUACAAUGAUGAGUUCCGCACCAUCGGAAGUACCCCGUCCACCUCUAGCAUCGUCUGGCACAUCAAAUCCCCAUCAACCUGGAUCAGAGUUGCUGGACAAAAAAACCCAUGAACUUAAGCUAGAGAAAAGUAACAUUUUGAUGCUCGGGCCCACCGGCUCCGGCAAGACGCUCCUGGCCCAGACGAUAGCCAGGUGUUUAGAUGUUCCAUUUGCCAUCUGUGAUUGUACCACGUUAACGCAGGCCGGAUACGUGGGAGAAGACAUCGAGAGUGUUAUCGCAAAACUACUACAAGAUGCCAAUUAUAGCGUUGAUCGUGCCCAAACUGGUAUAGUGUUUCUGGACGAGGUGGACAAAAUCGGGGCUGUGCCCGGAAUCCACCAGCUGCGAGAUGUCGGUGGCGAGGGAGUUCAGCAAGGGAUGCUGAAAAUGCUGGAAGGCACCAUCGUCAAUGUUCCUGAACGAAACUCACCGCGCAAGCUGAGGGGAGAAACGGUUCAAGUCGAUACCACCAAUAUCCUAUUUGUGGCCUCGGGAGCAUACACCGGCUUGGAUCGUCUUAUUGCCAGACGGUUGAAUGAGAAGUACCUGGGUUUCGGUAUGCCCGCAAGCUCAUCUGAAGGCCGUCGGGCAGCUCAAGCUUCCGCUGCACCAAUGGAUAACGAUCAAGUAGAACGUGAUGCUAAUCUGCGGAAAGUACAAGCUAAAGAUUUGGUUGAAUUUGGAAUGAUACCUGAAUUUGUUGGCCGCUUUCCAGUGCUUGUUCCAUUCCACAGUUUGGAUGUGGAAAUGCUUGUCCGCAUUUUAACUGAACCUCGAAAUGCCCUCGUUCCUCAGUACAAAGCCCUUCUAGGCAUGGAUCAGGUUGAACUUACCUUCAGCGAAGAUGCUCUUAAGCAGAUUGCUCAACUCGCGAUGGAACGACAAACGGGAGCACGUGGUCUACGGGCAAUAAUGGAAACAUUGCUGCUGGAACCAAUGUUUGAAGUGCCCGGUUCGGAUGUCAAAACUGUGCACAUAAACGAAGAUUGUGUUCGAGGUCAGACAGAACCGACAUACAUCCGCAGGAACAGCACGAACUCAGCCAAUCGAGGAUCCGAUGCAUCGAACUCCAGCAACCCUUCGCAAGCCCCCGAAGAGGAAGAGAGCGCCAAAAUGCGCGUAAAGCAGUAAACGCCGAAAAUUUCAGCAAGGCGAAAGUUUGUGAUAGGAAUGUAAUGCACUACAUUAUACAGGUAGGAAGUAUUAGAAGUUAUCUUCUAUUUCUUUUUAAUAAGCUUUUAUUUUCGCUGCUGGUGACAUUUUUAACUUUCCUUACAAAAAAAAUCAAAAUUCAAAGCAACAAAAAAAAUGGGAAAUAUAUGUCUGCAAAUUAUGGCAUAUGAAAUGUCACCUUUUUCUAGCAUCUGCAGCAAUUUGUGGUGCAUAGAUUUCUUUAAAACACCUCUAAUUUCUUAAAAAUUAUUUGAUAAGUCUCAACCGGUUAAAUCAUAACAAAUGAUUGAGAUCAUUUUUUUUUCUUUUUUGAACUUUUGAGGGUACAGGAAAUGUUACCCUGAAAUGGUGGAUGACGGAGAGGGUGAAGGGAAUUUCUUCGUUCAAGGUAUUUUUUUUCUGUAAUUUCGAAAUUUCACGAGAACCAGAAACAAAGUUCAUGAACCGAAGACGUACCCCAAGAGACCCUUAAAUUACGACAUGUUCAAAAUUGUCCUACUUGAUUCUAAGACAAAAGUCUGUGAAAAAUUUCCUUCCCUUUUCGCAUUAGGAGAUACAGUAACUCCUUAAGAGAAGGCGCAAUUGUAAAUAAAUAAUAACUUUAGAAUUCGUGCGUGAAAACGUGCAUCCUAGACAAACAAGCGAACUCUAGAUUAGUGAAAAAAAAAAACUUUGAAAAAAAAGUGAUAAAUAUAUUUGACAACGUGUCGGAGAUAAUGAAAAA